AUGUCUCGGUUCUUUGCGAAUAGUUAUGAUUACGAGAGCGGAUCUUCGUCGUCCGAAGAAGACCUACUUUCCACGUCGGAGGAGGAGCUCAUGAGCUCAUCUUCGUCCGAGGAAGAACAAGCAAAUGAUUCUUUCUUUGACGAGUCCGAGUCCGAAUCAGACGUCGACUCCGACGGUUCUGGCGACAGGCCGUAUGGUCCUGAUUGGUUUAAGAAGCCUGAGUUCAGAAAGGGCGGCUCUACUGGUGCCAACAAGUUUUUGAAGAACGCUGAUUACUCUAAUUCCGAGGAUUCUGAUGACGAGGGCAGGAAGGUGGUCAAGUCCGCCAAGGACAAGCUUUUGGACGAAAUGCGCGGCGUUUACGACAAGAUUGAGGACGCAGAGAUGACCCAAGACUGGAUUACAAUUCUCGCCGAACUUGACAACAUGACACGUUUGAGCACUAGAGCCCAGCAGCAAAACUACGGUGUCCCCAACAUCUUCGUGAAGGUGCUAGCGCAAGUCGAGGAUGCCGUCGCGGCAACCUCGCUCCAAGACAUCAACAACAAGGCAGUGGCGCGUGCAUACAACACCACAAAGCAGAGAGUUAGAAAGGUUGCUCGUGACUACGAGCAGGCUCUGUCUAGCUUCCGCGAGAACCCAGAAGCUCAUGCUGAUGACGAAGCCGUUCAAGACAAUAACUCCGUGUCAACUUUUGCCCUGGCUGGCAAGAAGACCGCUGACUUGUCUUCUAUGGCGACCGCAUCUUCUGAGUCCGACUUCUUCACAGCGCUCCGCAUUGUCAUCGACUCCAGAGGUAAGAAGGGUACUGACUUCCAGGCACAGAUCAAGACCUUGGAGGAAUUGCUGGAUAUUGCCAAGAGCCCAUACGAAACUAUUCUUGCAUACUUGAACCUCAUCCCCAUCAGAUUCGACUCUUCCGCAACGCUUUCAUACCAGCCUAUAGACCAAUGGAAAGCCUCUCAGCAAGAUAUCGCCAAGUUGUUCGAUACCUUGGAAGACAGCAUUGACGCUUAUCACGUCUCCGAGUUGGCGCCUCACAACGACUUCAUCGAGGAAGAGCCUCAGCCAAACGAGCAGGGCAUCAAGCAGGUGUUGGGUUCCGUUUACUCUUUUGUUGAGAGACUUGAUGAGGAGUUCAACAAGUCUUUGCUCAACACUGACCCUCACUCCAGCGACUUCUUGGACCGCUUGAAGGACGAGCAAGGCGUUUACAAUUUGAUUUUGAGAUCGCAGUUGUACUUGGAGGCGACCAGCUCCGACAGCGAGUUGGAGAGACGUUUGGCCCGCGUGCUGACUAGAAGGUUUGACCACAUCUACUUCAAAUCUGUUAAGCUUGUGGAGGUUUCGGAGUCCAAGGCGUGGAAGAGCUUGCGUGAAGGCGCCAAGUCGAAGGUCACGCCUUUGGACGGCGAGGUGGACGAAAGUUACACCUUUGGUCUGAUCGACACUUUGCAUAAGAUGCUAUCAACUCAGAAGGACGGUGCUCAGCGCAGAAGGGCCGGUUUGUACCAAAUUUACUUCUACGCCCUGAACAACCAGUUCGAGAAGGCCAAGCACAUGUUGCUUUCUUCGCAUAUCCAAUCAUCUAUCAACAACGCGGACGCCCCGUUGCAGAUUCUGUUCAACAGAACUGUCGUACAACUGGGUCUCGCGGCCUUCAAGCUGUGCUUGAUCGACGACUGUCAUCAGAUUCUGAACGAGGUCUCCACCAGCACACAUUUGAGAGACAUCUUGGGUCAACAAAGCUUGCAGAGAGUUGCCGCGAACAACGCGACCAACCCCGGCGGGGCGUCCAACGAGCAACUGUGCCUGCCAUUCCACCAACACAUAAACCUGGACUUGAUCGACGUUGUGUUCAUGACUUGUUCGCUGCUGAUCGAGGUUCCUCACAUGGCGGCGUUCUUCUCGGGCAUCAAGGUCAAGAGAAUCCCCUACUCCCAGAAGUCGAUUCGUCGCGCGCUCGAGCACUACGACAAGUCCAGUUUCCAGGGCCCUCCAGAAACCCUGAGAGACCACGUGCUGUACGCUGCUAAGUCCAUGCAGAGAGGAGACUGGGACAAGUCCGUCGAGUACCUGAAAAAGGUCCCUACCUGGUCGCUGCUGCCAAAUACCGCCGAGGUGCUGACCAACCUGGCUCACAGAGUGCAGGUGGAGGCCUUGAGAACGUACAUUUUCACAUACAAGAGGUUCUACUCCAAGCUUUCGUUGUUGAAGCUGUCGCAGCUGUUCGGGCUGUCGCAGGAGACCGUGGUGGAGGUGGUGAGCGCGAUCAUCUCGCAGUACGACAUCAAGGGCAGACUGGACGAGGAGUCCAAGUUCCUGGUGUUCGAGAAGGGUUACGAGAUCACGAAGCUGGAGGAGGUGGCCGUGAAGCUGGCCAAGGAGACCAAGUACGUGAGCGAGCGUCUCAACGAGAAGAAGUACGUGGGGUCCUCGCGCAAGCAGGAGUAG